GGUCGGUGCGCAGCGAUCGGUAUAUAAGCGAUUCCGAGACACAAACGUGCAGUUCAGGGCCAACAUGUUGUGGUUGCUAGCGUGCAUAUUCGGCCUUCUGGCCACAGGAAGUGUUCACUGCCAAGAUGAAGAGCUACAGCCAGUUCUUACAUAUUACCAGGGCUCAUCAAUAGAAUCUGGACUUGUAGCAGAUGCUGAUGGUUUUCACUUAAACAACAAGAGUCUCACUAUAUUCAGUGGUGCACUCCAUUAUUUCAGAGUUCAUCCUUCCUACUGGGAAGAUCGCAUAGCCAAAAUUAGUGCUAUGGGACUAGUUGCUGUUGAGACGUAUGUACCAUGGAACUUACAUGAACCUGAAGAGGGUGUUUAUGACUUUGGAGAUGGGGACAGAGAAUUCUCUCCAUUUUUGGAUCUGGACUUAUUUAUUCAAAAAGUUUAUGAAGCCAAUCUUCUGAUGCUGAUACGACCAGGACCAUACAUAUGUGCAGAGUGGGAAUUUGGUGGAUUACCAAGUUGGUUGUUGAGAACACCAGAUAUCAAAGUCCGAACAUCUGACGAGAAAUAUACUUCAAAAGUAAAAGCUUAUUAUGAUAAGCUCCUACCAAUUAUUGCAAAGUGGCAAUUUGUAAAAGGUGGACCCAUUAUUGCAGUUCAGUUGGAAAACGAAUAUGGCGCAACAGGUGUCAAUGAUAAGGAAUACCUAGCAUUCUUACGUGAUCUGUACAUCAGUUAUGGGAUUGAGGGAUUAUUCUUCACAUCUGAUUCCCCUCUUGGUAGUGGUGACAGUGGUGCCUUGGAAGGAGUGUUGCAGACAGCAAAUUUCCAGGACAACCCAGAGGGUCAGCUUGACAGGCUGAAGGAGUUACAGCCAGAUAAACCAUCAAUGGUCAUGGAAUACUGGUCAGGAUGGUAUGACCACUGGAUGCAAGGCAGUCACUCAACUACAUCAGUAGAAACUUUCCGUGAUGUCCUGGAGAGGAUCAUUACAUAUCCUGCAUCCUUCAACCUCUACAUGUUCCAUGGAGGCACAAGCUUUGGAUUCAUGAAUGGAGCAAAUAUUGGUUCUUCAUUCCCUACCUAUAGUCCAGAUGUUAGCAGCUAUGAUUAUGAUGCACCACUUUCUGAGGCUGGUGAUUACACAGAUAAAUACACAGCAGUGCAAGAGCUUUUGGAGCAAUAUGCACCCCAGAAAUUCCUCAAAGCAGAAGCUCCAAAAGAGAGUGAUAAACUGGCAUAUGCUGAUGUUCCACUUGUUGGACAGUUGAGUUUGGAUGAAUUAGCUGCACAAGUGGAUUCUGGGGAUCGUGUUGAUGCAACUGAUGUUAUGCCUAUGGAACUUCUUGACAUCAACAAUGGCAGUGGACAAAGUUAUGGUUUUGUGCUUUACCGAAAGAGUGGUGUAACAAUUGGAGAGAGCUCAGUGUUACAAAUUAUUGGUAAUGUCCGAGAUCUUGCAGUAGUUCUUGUUGAUGGAGAAAGUAAAACUGAACCGCUGACGUCAACUGAUCAGUUGAACAACUUUGGUUUUUGGGAGCAAAGUAACGCCAGCACAACGCUGAGUGCAGAUGCCAGUGCAUCACACACACUGGACAUCCUAGUUGAGAACUGGGGACGCAAUAACUAUGGAAGCCUUAACAGUGGUGCUUUUGAUCAGAAGAAAGGAAUUGUGUCAGGACCUGUACUGAUUGAUGGGACAGCUCUCUCAGACUGGCAAAUAUUUGCUCUUCAGUUCAAGAAGAAAUGGCUUCAGAGUUUGACUGGGUGGCAGCCAAUUGGAGAUUCAGUCAAUGGUCCUGUAUUGAUUCGUGCUACCUUUGAUGUGGAUUCUGCACCACGUGACACUUUCAUUGAUAUGAGUGACUGGGGGAAAGGAUCAGUCUUCAUUAAUGGUUUCCCCCUUGGUCGCUACUUCAAUCUUGGCCCUCAGAGAACAUUAUAUGUGCCUGCUCCAUUGCUUGUACAAGGGUCAAAUGAGAUCCUCAUAUUUGAACUCUACACACCUGCUACAAAAGUGGUCUUCAGUGACUCACCAAUUCUAGGCUAAAUAGAAUAAAUUACAAUUUGUAUAAUUUAUAAAUAUAAUUGAUGAAAUAAAUCUUUAUAGCCAGUAAA